AUCUAAACCCCAACGGAUCAAGCCCAAGUUCAUCGGACUCCUCCUGCCACUCUUCGUCGCGGAAGCGAAGCGCGGAUUGCGAUCCCCUUCGCCCUGAUGGCAGAAUCCCUUCCCCUCCCAGGCCUUGUCGCCGGAGAAGCCCUCCCUCCCUCCCCGUCAUACCGAAAUCCUGACUCCACUCCCAACCCUCCACCUCUCCCUUCUACUUCACAAUGCUCGGCGGCGCCACCAUGGGAGGCGAUGGCCCGAGCUUGGCUCGCCUCGCUCCCGAUUGACCACUACCCCUCGGCGUCCGAGAUUGACAGCUUCAUCGACGCCAAUUCCGCCUCUUUUCCUGUCGACACCCAGCUCCCACCCCGUUCCCAGCUUCACCUCUGGAUUCUCUCCUUCCACGAGGCUUCCUCGGGUUUAAAUCAGGUCUCCGUGAGCGAUUUGGCGGAGUUUCCAUACAGAUUCCAACGCACCGACCUUUGGAAACCUGCCUAUAGAUGGCUGGAAUCGUUGGACAGAGAUGAGCUGGUUAACGCAAAAGAGGUAUCAGAAUGGUUGACAGCAAACCCAGAGGUCGCGGAGAGGUUGGUUACCAAACAUUCUCGCUACCAUACGAUGCAUUACAUACAGAGAAUGCAUUUGAAGUUGCUCAAGAAAAAAGGAAAAUUGCCAAAGGGUUUACAACUAUCAGUUGCAAAGGCGUCAUUGAAGUCUGCAAAUAAUGGGGUGACAAGUCAAGAAUUUGUUCUUCCAGGUAAAAUUUUGAACUAUCCAAUAAGGAAGGAAAAAAUGGUACUGCACAAGAAUAAAGAAGCUUUUCUUCGAUAUGAACUUUUAACGGAUUUGCAGAACCAGCUAACAAGUGUUCUGUUGAAACAAAAACAAGCAACUGACUCGAAGGAGUUUCAAUCUUCUUUUUGUGUGAAACAAAAGCCUGAAAAUGUUACUACUCAGUCAUCUGACAUAGGCAAAAAUGACACUCGUAGCCAGAUUUUUCCUGGAGAUGCAUCUCUCCCUCAUGGCGUGGUGAAUGUUCAUAUAAUGCAAGUGUCAAAACCUACAGCACUAUCUGAAAUGAUGAGUGGGCGAAAAAGGAAGCGGAACCCUGUCAUUGUGACUCCUGCUUGGUGUUACAGUGAAGCAUCAUCUGAUGCAUCUGAAAUUGAUCAACUAUCCAAUUCACGUUUUGAAGAAGGAACUACCAAUAUUUGGAAAGGGGAUAUGUAUUCUUCGUUCUCACGAAGUUCUUUCCAAAGGCAAAACAUUCUCAUGUGUUUACAGGGGCGUGAACAAGGUUUUAGCUGGAGAUCUGCUCAUCCUCUAGGUGGUAGUCCAGGAAGAAACCGAGAAAAAUGGAUUCCAUUUCUUGAAGGUUGGAGAUCUCUUGGUAAACAGUUUGAAGGGCCUGCUGCAUGGCUUACCCAUAGAAGCUAUUCAUCAUGGGUUCCUAUAUGGAGUGCUUAUACGUCAAGUGUGGCUGUUGUGCAACCUAUUGGCAGGCAAGGAGUUCAAAAGGUUCUUAAUGUCAGAUUUCACCCAGAUGGGCUGCCUCAAUUGGUUUGCAGUUCGAAUCAGGCUCCUAAUGAAUUACUACUCUAUAAUCUUCUUUCUGGCAAGGCAGCUCAACUUAAUGGUCACAAUUGUCGGAUCCAAGCUGUUGAAUUUGCAGCAAGGGGUGCUAGUAUAGUUUCAUGUAGUUCCAACUUGUUGAAGGUAUGGGACUGUACAACUGGGUCUUGUCUCUUUAACUUGGGGUCAGUGAAUGGUGAUGGAUCAACAGUUGGGCACAAGGAAAAAAUCAUUGCUAUGACAGUCAAUCGCUGGCAGUCAUGUCUUGUUGUCACCAGUGGUGCAAAAGGAGAUGGAAAACUUCUAUUAUGGAAUGCUUUGAGAGGUGAACUUGAUGCUGAUCUUAAUUCAAGCUUGAGACCACAAGAUCAGGCUCAUCCUUCAAUUAUUGCAAUGGAGUUCUGUAGCGAAAACAUGUUAAUAGGUGGGAGUGACUGUGAGUAUGGUGGUCCUGCAGUAGUGCAAUUAUGGGAUAUCGAGUCUCCAAAGACAUGUUGUUCUUUUUCUGCACAUGAUUCUUAUAUUACUUCGUUGAAAACAAACCCAACUGGCAACACUAUCAUCACAGGUGCGGGUGAUGGGACUAUUGGUUUAUUUGACAUCCGGACUUGUGCUACAAUCAAUCAUCUCUCUGUGGGCCCUGGUUUUGAGGUGACGUCUGUUUCUUUUAGUAGUUGUGGAACCUAUUUUACUGCAUCUGGCACAUCAAAUAAUACCUUGGUAUGGGAUACACGAGUUUUGCCAAUGAACUGUGUCCAACUAGCCCAUGAAAGCAAUGAUAUGCGUUUCUUAAGGCCUUUGCAUUGUUUGAGCCAUGGGAAGCAAAUGCCAACUGCUGAAUAUGCAGGUCAAGUUCCUGGCCAUGUUGAGAAGGGUGAUGAAGGAGUAAAUGAUGCUCGGUGGCUUCAGACAGAACCCGUAUUAGUAACUGUCAGUGGUGAUGGGAGCAUGGCAAUGUGGAAUGUUACCCUUGGUCAACCUUGCGUCAGACAUCUAUUUAGUCAUAAAAGAUGUUCUAAUACUCUUGCUGUAGCUCCAAAUGAUGAAUACUUGUGCACAGGAGGGGAUGAUCAAAAAAUUGUUUUGUAUCACAAGAAAGAUGGAGGUGCCCGCUUGAAGUGGCGACUGACUCAUCCACUGCAGGACGAUAAUUAGAAUGUUCUACUACAAUGGCUCUUGCAGGCUCAUGCUGACAGUCGAGUAUCAAAGAUGGGAACAACUUAAAUGCCUAUGAAUGAACUUCAUACGAUUGCCACAGGAGCGAAGCCAAUCAAUACGCCGGGUUAUAGCAAACUACUUGGAAUCAGAGGCACUGAUUGCAGCAAGUGGUGCUCCAGAAUCACCGAGGGUCUUUUGUUUUGGCUAACGACAUGAAGAUGGAAAGAGCGCUAAAGAUCGACUCUAAUCUAGAACAAUCGAGGAUGACUGGUCUGUUUGUUAGACUUCAUAGCUCUUUUCCCUAGCAGAAAUGUGUGUAUUAUUAAUAGAACCAUUGUGUUUUCUUUACUCUUUUAUAUCAAUCGACGAGCAUUUAAAAUUCU